UCGUAUCUGAGAGAAGUGCUGGUGUUUCUGUCCUCUUCCCAGAGCCCGUGUCUCGCCCUCAGCUUUGGAGCAGUGGCCUGGUGGCCAAGGCCACCGGUGAGGUGCUCUGCGAGGUGGUGGAGGGCAGGGUGGACACCAUCACCUGGAAGAAGGACGGGCAGGCGCUUCUCCGGGGCAGAGGUUUCCACAUCUCCGGCAGCCUCAGCAUUUUGCACCUGAGGGCGGUGAAGAAGUCGGACUGCGGCUCCUACUCCUGCAACGCCAGCAACGGGAUAAGCUGGCAGGAGACCUCCCUGAACGUCACUGUUGCAGGUCUCUCUCCUCCCCUGAAGGAUGUGCUGAGGAUUGCAGUGGUCGCCGUGGUCUUUGCUGCUGUCUCGGGAUGGGGAUUAGUUUUUCCCGUCUGCCAGUCCGAAAAGCUGCAAAUAAGUGCGUCUGCAGCGAGGGGCAGCCGAACCCCCAGUCCCCGUACCCAGCGGGGCAGAGCCGGGAGCGAUGCUGCCAGAGGAGCCGGUAACCAGCUCAUUCCCCUUCCAGCUGCCCGAACUUCUCACCUUCUCCUCAUCUGGCAGGUCUUUUAAGAGUAAAGAGAGAAACCUUCCUUGGUGGAUUUUGUUUUUAAGGGAGAAAACUUGUUUUGCUCUGUUUUCAGGCUAGGUUAAACCCUGGCAUUUCCUACUCAUCUUUGCUCAGAGGAUUGAAAUGAGCGAGUGACACGUAUAGAAAUGAAGCAUCUCAAAGCAGUAUUUUACUAGAAGGCUCCAUGCCAGUGGGUCCCCAGCGGACUGUGGUCUAAAGGAACCCCCAUCCACCUCUGGCAGCACACGCUGACGUCUCUGUGUCCUCUUUUUCAUGGCCAGCACAGCGCACGAUGGGCUACACAGCUCCCGGCGGGGUGCUCUUGGUGGUGCUGACGAGCAGCUUCCACAUAAAGAACAUCCACCAUCGCCACGAGGAUGGCUGCACGGCGUUUGUGGACGUGACCGCCCUCGCGGUGAGCACGGCGGCAGUGUCAGCCCUUCCGCUCCUCGCCAUCUUCCUCUGCUAUCACACCACACAGGGGUGGCAGAACGAACGUGACUCCAGCUGUGCCAAAAAGGAGAGGUCCUCCAGGUCCUUUGAAAUGUCCCUGGCCAACAUCAAGGAUCCUGUUCCCACUUGCUAGACACUGGGGGUGUUUCACACUUGGCUGACUCAACCCAAUUUCUCCCCAACACUGAGUUUCAGUAGGUCUGAGUCUCCAAUGUACUGGUGAUAAACAGCAAUUAAAUUAAUUAAUUCUG